ACAACCGCGGCCGCCGCCGGUGUUUUCGCAGCCGGGACGGGCGCAUGGCGCGGCCGCCGCCGCCGCUUCUCCUUGGCCUCCUCCUCCUCCGCCUCCUCCUCCAGCUCGCCGCCGCCGGGCGGCCCUGCGGCCCCACCGGACUGUCGCGGGACACGGUGCUGGGCCGCCUGGGAGCCAACAUCACGUUAACCUGCCAGGACAAGGUGCCUGCGAAUGCCACGGUGUUGUGGCAAGUGGAGGAGCAGGGGUCAGCAGGGGGCUGGGCACGGCAGCUGGCGGAGGGUAACAUGCUGCUCCUGCGGCGGCUGCGCUACGAGGACUCCGGGCGCUACAGCUGCUCUGUGGGGAGCCACCUGCUGCGCUCCCUGCGUCUGCUGGUGGCAGAGCCCCCUGAAACUCCCCAGGUCUCCUGCUACCGGCGGAGCCACGACAAGGAUAUAUUGUGUGAGUGGCCACAGCAGGAGAGGCCAUCCCCAGGGACACGGGCGAUGCUCUGGGUGAAGCGGAGGUUCGUGGCUGAGAAUGGCACAGAGCAGCGGUGCCGCUACUUCUCCAAGGCACGGAAGUUCAGUUGCCGGGUGAAAGUGCCACCUGGCACCGAUGACACCAAACACCUUGUGGUGUCCACGUGCGUCAGCAACAGUGCUGGUGGCUCAGCUGGCAAAGACAAGAUCAUCACCCUCAGCGGUGUCCCAGUGAAGCCAGACCCCCCCAUCAAUGUGACGGUGGAGGCACUGGAGAAGGCGCCGCAGCGGCUGCGGGUGAACUGGUCCUACCCCUCAUCCUGGGACCCCCGUUUCUACUGGCUCCGCUUCCAGGUCCGCUACCGCCCUGAGCCUGCCCCAGCCUUCAUGGAGGUGGAUCAGGUGACAACAACAUGGCUCGACAUUCAUGAUGCAUGGCAUGGGACGAGGCAUGUGGUGCAGGUGAGGGCGAAGGAUGAGUUCGGCCAUGGUGCAUGGAGCGAGUGGAGCCAGGAGGCUGUGGGUACCCCUUGGACAGAUCCUAGGGACCUCACCUCUGAAAUGGAGCCUUUCAGCUCACAGCUCCCCAUGGAAGAUGGCACCUAUGGGGUGACACUGCCCCCCGAGCUCUUCGGGGAGGACCAUGCUAACAGUGCUGGUGGCUCUGUCAUGGAACCCAGCACCCAUCCUGUGGCAUCCCCCUAUGCCUUCCUGGUGACUGGGGGGAGUCUGCUCCUUGGCAUUGCCCUGUUUGUCGGCAUCGUGGUGAGGUACAGGCAGAUGUGGUGGACAAAUGAACAGGAGAGGACCAAGCCGGAGGGUGAGGGGCAGCACAUGCUGGUCCCCCUAGGCCUCCCCCUGCCCACACUCAAUGACACCCCUCUGCUCUCACACUCUUCCCCCUCAGCCCCUGGAAUGCUCCACAUCACUCACUCAGAUUAUUCCUCCUCAGGGCAGUAGCCAGGGGCUGAAUAUGCUGGUAGGUUCUUGGGGGUUGGAUGGGGGGUCCCAGGGCUGUGAUGUGGCUCUAGGAGCAGUUCCCCCCCACUAUCCGGUGGCUCUGUGGCUGGGACCAGCCUCUGAGGAGGGGAAUCAGUGCCAGCCCCCCAUGGAGAAGCAGCUGGGAAGGGCCCCCAGCUGGGUCCUACCUUCAGCACCGUGGCCAAGCUGGGAUGGCUGGGAGUGACAGCGCUGGAAGCACGGCUGCACCAGAGCAUGGGAGCUGGCCCGGGGCCGGGUUUGGGGGUCCCGCAAGGAAGGGCCUGGUCCCUACAGUGCCAUGGGGGUUGGGGAGGGAGGGAGGGCCUGGCUGGAUCAGCCCCAUACCUCUGCUCCAGCCCCCUCGGGGCUCCUUUUUAAAGCACAUGUUGGGGAAACCGGACAAUGUUGCUCAAAUAAAUGCUUUGGAUUUA